GAUUUUACCGGACUGUACCUUUCUGACAUGUGUCGUUGUUCAUUUUCUAUGCGGUUUUCAUUGUGAAGCUGCACGCUGCACGGCAGCAACGGCAACUAAGUUGCUCCUCAUUCGGAAAGCAAUUGUGAUAGUCAGGUUUAGCAACAGUUAACAACCGAACAGCCUCAGCAAGUCCAAUGGCGCGUGGUCAGCAGAAGCUCCAAUCUCAAGCUAAAGCAGCCGAUAAGGCUGCCAAAGCAAAGAAGCAGCAGGGGCAUAGUGCAAAUGCCCAGAAGCAAGCAGCUCAGAAGGCUCUUGUUCAUGUUUGUGCAGUGUGCAAGGCCCAAAUGCCUGAUCCCAAGACCUACAAACAGCACUUUGAGAAUAAACAUCCCAAGAACGAAGUGCCUGCUGAAUUGAAAGAUGUAUAAGCGCUUCAAGCAUGUAAUCACUGCCGUGUUAUUGAAAACUUUUAUAUUUGUAAAUUUUAUAUUACUGAUAUUACAUUCUCCAUUAAUAUAAACAUUUAAUACCUUUGUUGUCCACGUGGAAAUUUAAGAUAUUUUUUUGUAAUUCGAUAUUCUAUUUGCAAUAGGUUUCAAUAUGACUGUAUUAUUUUUACAUAUGGCGCACAAUAUAAAUGUAUUAUGCAAAUUGAA